GAGCACAGAACAUACAUAAAGCAAGUACGUACGUAUCAGAAGAAGAAGCACUGAAGAAAGAAGAGCUCAGGAACAAUGGCCCACCUGACACUAAUUGCCAGAGCCAGUGAUGGACUACCUCUGUCAGCAUCCAUUGUCAAUGAAGAGUCUGGCCGGGAUUAUGCUGAAUACCAACCCAAGGCCAAGCAGAUAUUCCGCAAGCUGUCGUCAGUCAGCCCCCCUCGAUGCUUAAUCGAGUGUGACCCGGGUCGUAUGGUGUUCCACUACAUCCUUGAGGAGGGGAUAUGCUACCUCGCCCUGUGUGACCCCACCUAUCCUGCCAAGCUGGCCUUUAACUACCUCGAGAAUCUACACAAAGACUUCAGUGAGCAACAUGGCAACGAUAUACACAAGGCCAGUCGACCGUACCACUUCAUAGUUUGGUCUCAGUGACAAAGUGGGGAACCUAGUCGACCACUCUCGUGCCAGAGGCUAAUGGCUGAUCAGCUAAUGCAGCAUGUGAGCAUCUCCUGGUUACUGUGGAUUGGUUCUGGACUGCUAGUUCAUGCUCUUGUCUAUUGGAGACAAUAUCUGCCAAGUUUCACCAGAGAUGUGUACAAGUAUGGUAAGCUGAGGAGUGAGAGUGACUGGAGCUGGAUGAACCCUAGUGUGCCCAAGACUCAAGGAGGUCAGUCAGGGUCAAUAUAUACAGUGUAUCAGUCUACCUCUUGUAACGAGAACCCCCUACAAGUCUAGCUUGUAACACCUAGCUAAGUACUGGAUUGUGAUUUACAAUAGUGAGCUCCCUAGCUGAGACUGUCCUGACUUGUAGUUGUUGUAAUUGCAUUGUCCCAGUCUAAGGAGGUCUUUAUUCCCCUCUGCAGGUGGUUCACCCACUUCUACGUGUGGGGGGUGGUGUGGAACUACUCUGUAUUCCUCUACUAUACCAGCCACUUUAUACUGCACACACGACUACCGCUAUUGGGCCCUGCAAUCCAGACCGUCAUUGGGAACUUUGUGUCAUCCAAAUGCAACUAUUUCUCUCCAGCUCAUUUGGAGUGUGGCUGGUUCUACUCCUCAUUUGCCUGCAAGUGUCUCGUAGAUUGUUUGAGUGUUUGUUUGUGAGUGUGUUCUCUGAUAGCAAGAUGGCACCAGCUCAUUACAUACUCGGAGUCUACUUCUACACCGCUUUGGGACCAACAGCACUGCUGCAUUUGAAUUCAGACUCACCCCUUGCUGGCCUGAUUGUAGCCACUCUGUUGUUCCUCUGGGCCUACACACAUCAAUACCGAUGUCACGUCAUCCUUGCACAACUCAGAGCAGCCAAGAACAAGCCACAGUACGGCGGCUGUCACUGCCAAGCAGACUCACGUUUGCUAUAGACACAAGUUUGAGGACUAUCCAAACAACAGACAAAUUAUUAUGACCAUUUGUUUAUUAGUUGCUAAUAUAAUUUAUGCUAUGUACAUGCAGUACUGUAUGGUAUCAUUCAUAUUCUCCAAUCAAUAAUCUAUCAAAUUAAUGAUCGAAAAAUUGAAUUUU